AUCUCAUCAAAUUUCAAUUAUUUUUCCAAAUACCAAAUGUUGUCACCAAAAACUAUCCCACUUUCUUAUAUCCUUCGUCGCUAAAUUUAUACAUUUAUACGAAUAUAAUACUAAUUAUUAAGCUUUUAAUACGGAGAGUGGAAUAAACCGGAAAGGUUGGCGCGUGGAGAGAAUUCCGAGAAACAAUUCUAAAAAAAUUCUGCAAUAGUGAAUCAGUUUUAAUGGAGAGCCGACCUUUCUCAAUGAAAAAACCACAACGAUCACACUCUAUGAAUAAGUAAAUAAAUAAAAAAUUUUAUGUAAUUCUCUCUUUUUAUUUUUGUUAUUAUUGAAUUUUCGCUUGGAAUUCUUGAAUUCAACAGCGCAUGGGUUGAUUAGAGUUCGACAAGAAAGUGUGCUUUGGUUAGAAGUUUGCAAUUAAGACCAUCCACUGUGAUUACUUGAGGAGUGCAAACUUGGGAUGUUCUUACUUUGUGUUGGUGUGGAAUCCUAAUGUACCAAAUAUCAGUAGUGUUAUAUGGCCAGUGGAUGUAAGUAAAAGGAAUGGGAGGUUGCUGCUGUUGCUCUUCUAGAGGAGUUGAAAUAAAUAGUGCACCAGCAUAUUAUUAUUACCCAAGAGCCUUAGAAGAGCAUGUGCCUUUAUCUUCUCACAAUGGUGCUACCUCUGCCCUCUCCACUGGGCUCCUGGUUGACACAAAUUUGGAUGUAUCAGUUCCUGAUGCUUAUAGACCUCCUCCGGCUCCAAUGCCAUUUGAUGCAGUCUUAAGGCCUUCUCAAACUCCUUCAGUAGCCCAAGGAAUUCAUAACGGUAAGAGCGAUGAAGUAGUGCAAAUGACAAAUGUUGAUUCCAGUCAAGAAACAGUUGUUGUCAACACUCAAGAGACUUAUAUAAAAUCUGAGAACACAAAGAAAUUGGACUGCAAAGCACAAUCGAAUACUGAAAUUGAGUCACCAAAGGGGAUAGAAAUUGAACUUUCAAAACCAGUUGAACCAAUUGUGUCUACAAACGAGGAGGAGGAUGUUUGUCCGACCUGUUUAGAAGAGUAUGAUGCAGAAAAUCCAAAAAUUAUCACAAAAUGUGAGCAUCAUUUUCACCUUGCAUGUAUUCUUGAAUGGAUGGAAAGAAGUGACACAUGUCCUGUGUGCGAUAAGGAAAUGAUAUUCGACCUACCCGGUGAUCCGUUUCCCGUUGAUAAGCUUUAGCUACUUGAAGUUAAGUUUGUUGCGAAGGUUACAACUUCCAAGCACAUCAAAAUUUCAGUUUUUACUUAUUUCUCUCAUUCGUCAUCAUAUAUUUAGUGGCCGCUGCAGAUUGGCAAUAGUUUGGUUUUGGAUUUCUUUUUCUUCAUUUCCUUUUUUUUUCUUCAUUUUAUAAGAGAGUCAUGCAAAUGAAUAGAUGAAAAGCUAGGAGAAAGAAAUACACAGAUAAAGUAAACAGAAACAGGUUUGAUACCAUUUCAAAGGUUAA